AUGUCGAAUCGGGAGCUAGCAAGCUUGGCUCCUGGGGCCUGGGCUUACUCCGGGCUUGCUGAAGAUUACGACCAGCCACAUGGCUCAGCGGGUCCGCGGAGGCGUCGCCGCUGCUCUCAGAAGGAAGCUCCCAGCCAGCUGCCACCCUCUCCACAGUCUUCCGCUCCGCCCCAAAGCCCAACUCCCACGCCAGCCUCCACCCCAGCCGAUCACCAAAGUGAGAGUGAGCUGUCUUCUGUACCAGACGAUCUCAGCGACGUGAGCUAUGAUGGGGUCAAGAAGAAAAGGAAGCUGCAUGCAAGCGAUAGUGAGGCAGCGGACGGCGGUCGGCCGAAGAGAAAUCGCCGACUCUCGAAGAAGGCAUUGGAAAACCGCGCUGCGGAGGUGGACAGGCAGAAAAGAGAGAAGUCUACGCCAAGUGCCCCCCAGCUUAAGCUCAAGCUUAAGCUCAGCCCCGAGAAGCUUCAGCAACUGGACCCAAAGUCUCCCAGCUCGGCCGAGGCCACGCCUGACUUACCAGCUGGCGCCACGCCCAACUCGCCAGCUGGUGCCACACCUGAGUUGUCAGCUGAGAUCGCGCCUGAGGCCGUUCCUGAACCACCAGCCGAGGCGCUCGCUGUGGAAUCACCAAGGACAGAAGAGCAGGGUCGGAUCACCACCCCUCCCUCCAGCCAGCAGAAUCUUGCAAAGGCACCAGCUGCUGCGGAAUCCGAACAAUGCGCCCCUGCAGAUCCCGAUCCCAACGCAACCCCCACAAUUCAAUUUCUUCUGCCUCAGGCUCCAACACCGCCCAAGUCAACCCAUAAGCGUGGUCGGCCUAAGAAGGCAGAUGCCUCGCUUCAACUUCUGAGCCCACAGUCAGUUGGGGAAGAUGCCCCUCGUCGAGCACCUCGCACUGUCCGCAUUCCGGAUCCGAUCGCUGAUGGGCUGGAACAUCUGGUCGACAUUUCAAAGCAGCUGAUGAAUUACAGCGGCUGUCCACUUGAUGAAAAGCCACCUCCAGUUGGCUCCCCGGAAGUUUGGGCUGAUGGUCGCCAGGCUCUCUGCGAGUCGCUCCCAUACUACCGCGCAUAUCAAAGUGCUGGAUACUGCUCCAAUGGAUUUGCUCACGCCUUCAUGUUCGACCAGGAAGGAAGCACAAGAGAUUACAUUGAUUCCGAGGUGGUCAUCGCGCGUGCAGGUGGCGGCCUUUCCAAGGACAAAACUACCGGCAAGAUGGCGCGCGAGGCAGAUCAGACCGAGAACUGCCAGGUCAAGAGUGUCAAGAACAGCAUUGAUCACUUCAACCCGGUAGCAAUCCUCUGUGGCGAUCGCAACCAGCAGUGUCCUUCGAAAAUGCCACACGUCUACAACGUUCUCGAUUGGUUCAAGCCAACCCACAUCUGGUACGAGAAGGUUGGCCGCAAGGUUAAUAUCCGGUACAGGUUUGAGAAGUUGUGCAGGAACAAGCAGAGCUGGUGGGCUUCCUCAGCUGGCCCAGAGCCGACCAUCAUUGGCAAGCAAGCACCACCUGAGACUCGUACUUGCUCACAUUGCCACCUUGAAAGCCAGCAAGUCUAUUUGCAGGGUUGGAUGUGCUUGCAGGCAAGUUGUCCGCAGUUCUGGAAGCUCGACUCUGGGUAUGAGCCACAAGAAGCCGGCCUGUUGUACGAUCCGCGUUUCCUCAAGCAGCAUACCCCCUGGUCUCAUAGCAGCAUUCCACAACCAUUGCGACCGAACUGCUUUGCUCUCGGCCCAACGCCAAUGCUGGGAGAUGACGUCUCAUGGGCUGCUGCUAAGGGCUUGGUUUGUCCUCAGUGUGGCCGUUGCAACUCGAGAGAAGCCUGGGAAGGGUGGUACUGCGGUAAUCCAGACUGUGACUUCGCCCUCAGUCUCCCCCAUGCAGAUGUCCCGGUGGCCGCUCUACACGAGCCGUACCAUCCGCUCUCCUCCGGAUACACGCUCUCCAGAGAUACAUCCACCAUCCCUCCACGCGUGGAGUUUGUCCACAACUACCGAAUCAACUACUUCACCAUCCCAGGAGUGGACGGCUUCAUCGCACACUUCAUCGCGAACAAAACCAUUAACGAAGAGCCUGACAUCGGACCAGACGCCAUGUGGACGGAUCUCCAAACUACAGGCGGCGAUCUCGGCCUCCUCCGCCGCCCACUCGCCACCAGCACGCUCCGAGGAACUGCUCUCACACAGCAUUUCUGCGUUAACUACGGAAUGCCAUACAAGUUCAUCGCUGCGACAGCCAGCCGCUCAUUUGACACAGCGGCACACUCCAUUACUGCCACCCGCUCUCGUCUCAACUGGGCUGCUCGCCACUGCGUUGGUCCGGAGACGCACAACAAGGAGGCUGAAUUCAAUGAGCUGCUCGCACUUGGCUACUUUGAGCAGCAAAGGAUUAGUUACCACGAUGAUGGCGAAUUUGGUCUUGGGCCUACUAUUGCCACUCUCUCCAUUGGCGCGCCUGCGACCAUGAAAAUUCGCUUAAAGGCAAAACACUAUCACGGUAUCUCGAAGAAGGGUUUAUACGUCACGGCUCCGCCUGUGCCAGGCUGCGUCAAGUACGAAGAGCGCUGCGCAGUGUAUAGGGAGUUGGAGGCGCUGAAGAAGGACAGAAAAGGACAGACGAAGGGGGCGGAACUUGAGGAGGAAGGCGGUGGCGACGACGUGGAGAAGAUGGUGGAUUUGGAUCAAGAUGCGGUGGAUCAGGGUCAAGAGGAGGCGUCAUCCGUCCCAGAUGAGGUGGCACCCGUCCCAGACGCAGUGGAUUCUGCUGAUACGUACACGGCCCGGCUGAGGGAGUUGCCAGAAGAGCUGAAAUUGAAGCUGAAGGGGAACGCGAAGGAUGUGCUGACGAUGCACUUGGGCCAUGGCGAUAUCGUGGUCAUGCACGGCGCAAAGAUGCAACAGUACUAUGAGCAUGCGGUUGAUCCGGUGGGCAAGCUUCGGUUUGCCUUGACGUGUCGUUACAUCGAUCCUGAUUCACUUAAGCCUGAGGACAGGCCGGAUUACGAGGUCAAACCAGAUACGGGAGAUUACGACGGUUCCCGGCUUCCUGCAGUUCCUACUUAG